UUCCCCUCAACAGGAAACUCUCUGGGACAAAACAAGAUGGACAAUGAGUCAACCACACCAUUCUAUUACCCAGAUUAUAUUAUUGAAGAACCCUGCCAAAAACUUGAUGUGAAGCACACCGCAUCACAGCUCCUUCCCCCACUCUACUCCCUGGUGUUCAUUUUUGGCUUUGUGGGCAAUGCUCUCGUUUUUCUGGUCUUGAUAAGAUGCAAAAAGCUGAAAAGCAUGACUGACAUCUAUCUGCUCAAUCUGGCCAUCUCUGAUUUGCUUUUCAUCGUCACACUCCCAUUUUGGGCUCACUAUGCUGCAGACCAAUGGAUCUUUGGAGAUGCCUUGUGCAAGGUGCUGACGGGCUUCUAUCACAUGGGUUUCUUUGGGGGAGUCUUCUUCAUCAUCCUCCUGACCAUCGAUCGGUACCUGGCCAUUGUCCAUGCUGUGUUUUCUAUGAAAGCUAGGACAGUCACCUUUGGCAUUCUGACAAGUGUCAUCACUUGGGUGGUGGCUGGCUUUGCCUCUCUCCCAGCAAUCAUCUUCACCAAAUCACAAAAGGAAGGUAUCCAACACACCUGCAGCCCUCAUUUCCCAUCAGAGCAGUUUUCUGUCUGGAAGAACUUCCAAACUUUAAAGAUGAAUCUCUUGGGGCUGGUGGUGCCCCUGUUAGUCAUGAUCAUUUGCUACUCUGGAAUCAUAAAAACAUUGCUCCGGUGUCGGAAUGAGAAGAAGAAACACAAAGCAGUGAGAUUAAUCUUUGUGAUUAUGAUUGUUUAUUUUCUCUUCUGGGCCCCCUAUAACCUGGUACUUCUCUUAAAUACCUUUCAAGCUUUCUUUGGUCUAGACAAUUGUGAGAGCUCCAAGAGGCUGGACCGAGCCAUUCAAAUAACAGAGACUCUUGGAAUGACCCACUGCUGUAUCAAUCCUGUGAUUUAUGCCUUUGUUGGAGAAAAGUUCAGGCGAUACCUCUCUACUUUCUUCCACAAAUAUAUUGUGUGGCACUUCUGCAAACGCUGCCCCUUUUUCCAAGGGGAGGCACUUGACCGAGUGAGCUCAAUGUACACUCGAUCUACUGGGGAGCAGGACAUUUCUACUGGCCUAUGA